AUGGCGAAUACCCAAAGUCAUACACCGCCUAAUGAACAAACAGCAAUAAUUUUUAUCUUUGCGGUGCUAGAGCUUGAAGAAAGUUUUAACCUUCAAGCUUCACAUGAUAUUAUGGAGUUUGGAAUAUCUUUGGAAGCAUUAAAAAAGUAUGACCACUUUGAGUUUCCAGGAGUUGUUCCUCGCACUUUCGUUGGACCUUUACUUUUGAGUUUAGUUAGUUGGCCAACUAGCAAAACUUUAGAGUUGCUGAUCCCUCACCUUAUACGCUUCUUUCUUGGUAUAUCUACCAGUUUUGCUCUAUCUUAUUUUCGAUCAUCUAUUGCUAAAUAUUUUGGAUAUCGGGUUUCUGUCGCCUUUGGUAUUCUUAGUGUUUGUCAAUUUCAUACCAUAUUUUGGGCAAGUAGGACAUUGCCUAACAUGUUUGCUUUUCCGCUAGUAGGAGUGCUACUUGCUGUUAUUGUUUUGUUUGAAUUGUGGAUUGGAACUUUAAAUUUUUUUGAUACAUUAUGGGUUGGAAUUAUAUCUGGAGCGACAAGUUUGGGUAAUACAUUUAUAAAUGAAUUUCUUGCUUUAUCGAUAGCUACUUUUGGCAAACUCGACUUAUGUGGCCAGAAGGAAAUGUUUUUUAUUUCAAUGCCAUUCUCGGAAAGAGUGUUGAAUGGGGGACUCUUAACACCUAUGCUUGCUUUCAUAGGUGGAUUCUCUUUCCUUGGUCAUAAAGAAUGGCGGUUUAUCAUUUAUGUGGUACCGAUUUUCAAUUUGUGCGCGGCGAUCGGAUGGAUAACAAUUACCAUGAUGGUAAUUAUUUCUAGUCAUAAUUAUCCUGGUGGUGUAGCCUUACAAAAAAUACAUGUCAUUCAGAGAGAUUAUUCCCAAGCACGGAUACAUCUUGAUGUGUAUACUGCGAUGACUGGUGCAUCCAGAUUUGGUCAGCUGCGGCAUGACUGGAUGUAUUAUAAGAACGAAUCGCAUUCAUUGCCUACUGAUUACGUGGGAUAUACACAUCUUUUAACUUCUACACCUCACUUUCACGGAGCUUAUUUCGAAAUUAUUGAUACCGUAUAUGGCUACGAAAGAAUACUAUUGAAAAAUCCAAGUACUAUCAUACAAAAUUGGCUUAAAUCAUUCCAAAACUUUGAUUUAAAUCAUGUGAAAAAUUUUUUGGAAUCCUUAUUGCUAGUGCAAAUUGUCAUAGAACCAAAAGUAUGGAUAAUGAAAAGGCAUAACAUUUCUGAUUUUACAGAAGGCGAAAAUCUAUUCUGA